AUGCUGGAGAGGAUUUUCUUUGUGUGUCUGUUUGUCAGUGUGUCACUGAGCUGCAGCUGGAUGGACCAUAAGUUCACACAGUACAGUGAAAAGUCUUUGUCUCUGCUGGACACCAUGACUAAUAAUUCCACCAACAUCACGGAGAAUGCUGAAGUGAACAGUGUGGCCUUCCCUCAUCAUCUCUACACACAUGCGUCUGCAGCAUCAGCUGAGGACCGGCUUGGUUUCAUGGCACAGGUUCUGGAGGAGGUGGUGGUUGUGUUGGAGGAGGAUCAGAGCUCUGUGUCCUGGGAGAAGAACCCAGUGGAACACUUCCUCAACCUGCUAACCAAGCAAGUGGAAGGCCUGCGCUCCUGUAUUACAAGACAGAGCCACAAGAAAAUGAACAAGAAGCUGCACAUGUAUUUCAAGAGACUCUCACGCAACGUAAAGGAAAUGGGCCACACUGCUGAAGCCUGGGAAUUGGUCAGGAAGGAAAUUAAACUCCACCUCCAGAGAGUUCACCUGCUGGCUGCAUCACUCAUAACUACCUAUUAAAUUAUGCUUUUUAUACACACACACAGUUAUUAUUUUAGAACUGUUUUCUUUAUUUAUUUUUUCUUGUCUUAAUCAACUUUACAAUCCCAUACAGGGCAUGGGGUUUAUUUAUUUAUUUAUUUAUUUAUUAUUUGUAUGCAAUUUUAAUGUUUUUUGCUUUGUUUUGGCUUUUUUCCCCAAUCUAAAUGCCUGUUCAUAACUGAUAAACCUUUUUCAAGGACAUGUAUUUGACACAUUCUAUGGUUUAACAUUUUACAACAAAUAAAAUUAUGACUUUGCCAAACAAAAA